AUGAAUUCAAUUUUCUAUGUUUUAACACUUGUUCUUGUCCUCCAAAAUCCUAUUGUAACACAAUGUCACACCAAAGGUCUUCGACCAAAACCUUACAAUGGAACCGAAAACUCAGCAAACAUGACCAAAAUUCAAGAAUCAGAACAACAGUUCAUGAAAUGGGUGAAAUUCAUCGGUGCUCUCGAUCACACCGUCUUUCGAACAGCGAAAAACAAGCUUUUUCCUUCUUAUACUCUCAAUGUCUAUAAGAAUUCCAAAAAAGGAGGGUUCUCAACUAUUCAAUCAGCCAUUGAUUCUCUUCCUUUCAUCAACCUAGUUAGAGUUGUCAUUAAGGUUCAUGAAGGUGUUUACACAGAGAAAGUUUACAUUCCACCAUUGAAAUCAUUCAUAACAAUACAAGGAGCAGGUGCAGAUAAAACAAUUGUGCAAUGGGGUGACACUGCUCAAACACCUAAUCCUGUUGCAAAAGGACAAACACUAGGAACCUAUGGUUCUGCAACUUUUGCUGUUAAUUCACCUUAUUUUAUUGCUAAGAACAUCACAUUCAAAAAUACUGCUCCAAUUCCAGCCCCAGGAGCGGUUGGAAAACAAGGUGUGGCAUUGAGGAUUUCGGCAGAUAAUGCAAUGUUUCUUGGAUGCAAAUUUUUAGGUGCACAAGAUACACUCUAUGAUCAUCUUGGUAGACAUUAUUAUAAAGAUUGUUAUAUUGAAGGCUCUGUUGAUUUCAUAUUUGGCAAUGCUCUCUCACUUUUUGAGGGUUGUCACGUGCAUGCUAUAGCUGAGAAUACCGGGGCAGUAACAGCACAAGGGAGGAGCAGUAUGUUAGAGGACACGGGAUUUUCAUUUGUACACUGUAAGGUCACGGGAUCAGGAGCACUAUACCUUGGAAGGGCUUGGGGUCCUUUUUCUAGAGUUGUGUUUGCUUAUACAUACAUGGACAAUAUCAUCAUUCCCAAAGGAUGGUAUAAUUGGGGUGAUCCCAAUCGUGAAAUGACUGUGUUCUAUGGACAAUACAAGUGCACAGGACCAGGAGCAAGCUAUGCAGGGAGAGUAUCUUGGUCAAGGGAACUCACUGAUGAAGAAGCUAAACCUUUUAUUUCACUUAGCUAUAUUGAUGGAUCUGAAUGGAUUAAUUCUUUCUUUUGA